UCCUCAUUCCUUCUUUCUGGCAAGUCCCCCGUCAAGUCUUAAGUGACCGCGUGGAUUCUGUGCAGUUAAAGAGACCUCUAGGAAGAAUCAAGAACCCUAUCUACUCUCAGUUCCUUUGGAUCCUACAGCAUGUCAUCAAGGAGAUUUGGCCGAGAGACCAAAACUGCAUCAUCAGAAAUCUCGAGCCCAUUUCCUAGUGCAUUUCAGUCCAAGUUUUCAGACCUUGAGCUAGAAAAGAAGAAACGUGACGAGUACAAAGUCCAAGAGAAAGAACUCGAAGCAAUCCACGCAGUAUUCAACAUCUAUGACAUAUACGGAGAGGGGAAAAUAGACAGCAGCUUGGUACCUGAUGCGCUCAGAGCCCUAGGGCUAAACCCCACUCUUGGACUGGUCGAGAAGCUCACUGGAUCCAACAAACCUGGAGAGCAAUUGGUCACAGUAGAAGAGUUUGUGCCAAUCUAUGCCAAGGUGAAGACAAACAAAGACAAUGGAGUUUAUGAAGACUUCAUUGAAUGUCUCAAGCUCUAUGACAAGCAACAAGAUGGACUCAUGCCUCUUGGUGAACUGACUCAUGCCCUCACAUCUCUAGGAGAAAGAUUAAGCCCCGAUGAACUGGAUGCUGUCAUGUCCGACUGUAUGGAUGAGGAAAAUGAUGAUGGACUGAUCCCCUAUAUCCCAUUCUUGGCGAGGAUGUGUGAAAAGCCAGUUCCAAAGACUAUCAAGCCCCUGUAAAUUUAUAUAACUGAUUGAGCAUUUAAUUUCUUCUGAAGGAUUUGUAUGAAAACCAGACUAAACUAAAUAAACAAGUUAAAAGGAAACAA